AUGGACAAAUUUUUACCCAGCGCAAGUGAUCGCUCUCGCAGUGGCACACCUGUAACUGGACGAUUCACUGCGCAGGCAGAAACAGCAGAGGAUCUGCUAAAGUCGCAAACCGUCGGCCUCGUCCACCUCGAUGACUUUCGCAAAAGACGCGCCGAAGCGCUGGAGCAGAAGGAGCGCGGCAGCUCAAGUGCGAGCACUCCGGCUGAUGGGGCAACAACACCAAUACCCUCGUUCAAGAAGAAGCGCAAGAUAGCUGCAAAAGGCAAGCUUUCCUUCGGCAUCGAUGCAGACGAAGAUGCAGACUCUAGCACCUCCGCAAUCCCCACGCCUCGCAACAACACGCCUACCGAUUCAUCCGCGGUGAAUUCUGAAACCGAGGGCAAGGCCUUCAAGAAGAAAAAGCUCGGCGCCAACACGAGCAUAGGGUUGAAACCGCGGAUUAUGACGAAGACAGCUUUGCAGCGCGAGGCGCAGCAAGCGGAUCUGGCGCGGCAGGACUUCUUGGCCAUGCGUGAGGCCGUAAAGGCGACUGAGGUGGUAAUACCAUACGUCUUCUACGACGGGACGAAUAUCCCAGGCGGCCGUUGCAGGGUGAAGAAGGGUGACCAUAUCUGGCUGUUUCUUGACAGAGCCCGGAAAGUGGGUGCUGAGCUUGGUGUUGGCGGCGAUAAAAGCAGACGAGACUGGGCCCGGGUCAAUGUUGACGACCUCAUGCUUGUGAGGGGUGAGGUGAUCCUACCACCACAUUAUGACUUCUACUACUUCUUGUUCAACAAAGUUGCGGGUUUCAACGGGCCCAUCUUCGAUUACUCAGCGCAACCAACGAAGGCGACACCGGUGGCAGGCCCGGAGCCCGACCCUGCCACGUUCAAUCCAUUAGAGAGACCCGGGCAGAACAAAGAUAAGACCCCUACGUUCCCAGAUGAGGAGCUGGAGGGCUUCAGCGAAGAUCCAGCUCUGACUAAGGUCGUUGAUCGAAGGUGGUACGAGCGGAACAAGCACAUCUUUCCUGCCAGUGUCUGGGAAGAAUACAAACCCGAAAAGGAUCUUUCUAAGGUGCAACGGAAAGACAACGAGGGUAAUGCAUUUUUCUUCACCUAA